UUCCAAUCAAGGUUUCUUGAUGGUUUGUGUUAGGAUAUAUAGCAUACCGCAGCUAGCUCAAUCCAUGGCGAAAUUCUGGCAGCUGCUGCUCUUCUUGGCAAUCCUCUUGCCGGCGGCGAGCCCCGCGUCAUGCCACCCUGAUGACCUCCGCGCCCUGCGGGACUUCGCCGGCAACCUCAGAGGCGGGGGCGUCCUCCUCCACGCCGCCUUGUCCGGCGCCUCGUGCUGCGGCUGGGAAGGUGUGGGUUGCGACGGCGCAAGCAGCCGCGUCACGAGCUUCCAGAUAUUGCUCAAAGGGCUCACCGCCGCUGGCCGUUCACUGGGUAAGGCGUUCACUCACAUGCCAUUACAUGUGAAGCCUAGCCAAGGAACACUCGACGAAGACCACAAUACAAUAACUGGGAUCAACAAUACUGUCAGAUCCGGGAGCAACAAUGUUGUUUCUGGGAACGAUAACACUGUCAUAUCCGGGAACAACAACGUCGUGUCCGGGAGCCACAACACCGUCGUAUUUGGGGGUGACAACUUCAUAAGUGGAAGCUACCAUGUCGUAUCUGGGAAUCACCAUGUCGUGACUGACAACAAGAAUGCCGUAUCCGGGGACCACAAUACUGUAUCUGGAACCCAAAAUACCGUAUCCGGGAACCACCAGAUCGUAUCUGGAAGCCACAGUACCGUAUCCGGGAACCACAAUACGGUAUCUGGGAGAAACAAUUCCGUAUAUGGGAACAACAAUAUUGUAUCUGGGAGCAACCAUGUUGUAUAUGGGAACAACAAAGUCGUGACAGGAGGUUAAUAAUUUGUCACUAGAUUGUUUUAAUGCAUCUUCUCGGUUCAGUGUAGCUCACAUGUGAGCAUCAUUUUCGUAGUACUUUUAAUAAAACUUCCCUACAGAUAUCUUGCAUAUAUACAUGCUGACCUGAAUACCAAUGGGGGAUUGCAGCUGCUGUAGACCAAGCGUGUUUGCUUAUCUACAAAUUUUCAUUGUGGAUGUCUAAAUGUGGUGAUUAUUUCGUGUCUGCUA